AACACCCUUGUAAAGGAGCAACGUCAAGGGAAGGAGCAUGAGACGCACCUGAAAGGAGCUCAGAACCGUUGGGAGGAACUAGACAUUCGUCCUAUAUUGGCAGGGAGACGGGUCUGUUUUGGGUCUUGCUUAGAACCUCAUCAUGGCCACACUGAAGGAGAAGAGAACCUGUGGGCAGCGAUGCGAAGACUUCGGCCAUUUUGUCUGGAACUCCGACAACGGGACGUUUAUGGGGAGAACGCCAGAAAAAUGGGUGUACAUCAGUCUGUAUUACGCGGCCUUCUACGUGGUGAUGACGGGCCUCUUCUCUCUGGCCAUCUGGGUGCUCAUGUACACCCUGGAUCCAUACGCCCCCGACUACCAGGAUCGACUAAAAUCACCAGGGGUGAUGGCGUGGCCGAACACGUACGGAGAAGAAGAUAUUGAGAUUUAUUACAACACAUCAGACAAGUCCAGCAUGAAGAAGAUGUCAGACAUCCUUCACAAGUUCCUGCAGCCCUACAAUGAAACCAAGCAACACGAAUGUAACUUCUAUAACUGCACCCGGGGGAAGUACUUCAUCCAGAAAACCUUCGCUGGGCCUCACCACACCAAGUGGUCGUGUCCCUUCACACAGAGCAUGCUGGGACCCUGCUCAGGACUCGAGGACCCAACCUUUGGUUACAACUCCACUAUGCCUUGUGUUGUUAUUAAGAUGAACAGGAUCAUUAACUUCUUGCCUUCUAAUCACACCGAACUUCCCCCGUAUGUCAACUGCACUGUACUGGAAGGACACAACAAUGUGGAAAACAUUGAGUACUUCCCAGAGAGAGGAGUAAUGGAUCUAUCUUACUUCCCGUAUUAUGGAAAUCUGGCGCAGCCCACCUACGUCAACCCGCUGGUUGCUGUUCGCUUCAGGCUGGUCAGAGACAGGAAAGCCAAGCUCCAGUGCAGAGUGGUUUCAGACAAGAUCACCUACCAACACUACCACGACCCCUACGAGGGAAAAGUCAUCUUCUACCUGCAAGCGGUGCACUGAGGGGCAGAAGCCACAGAGACGGCCUGUGACCACGCUCCCCUUCAGAAUGAAGCCGUGCUGUGGGAUGCUUCUGCAAACAUGAUUUGUUGUGUUUUGCCAAAUGAUUCAUUCAUUUGAUUUUUAAACAUUGCCGUGAAGUAAACUAUAAAUUUAUGACUGAACGCAAACCAGAGGCAAAGGUCUCAUUGGACUGCUGUGACAAAUGUCUAAAUCAAUGGAAUAGUUUCAUUGUCGCUCUCAUAAAGUUAAACCCCAGUUA